AUGGUUGCUGUUGCAGUCAAGGAUUCCAAUCAACAUGAUUCCGAAAAUCAAAACCAUUCAACAAAAAAGCCUUGGUGGAAACCUUCGUUUCUAUUCAAACAAACGACAAAGACUUCAAAGAAUAACCUUCUUGAACCAACACUCUAUAAGAAACGAUGGCUCAUAUUAUUUCUAUUUUCCAUGUCUAACUUUUUAUGUUCCUUGUAUCAAACCACAUUCUCCCCGAUCAGUACUAUUGCUUUGAAAUAUUGGGAAAUGCCCGAUCAAACCUGGAAAGUGAACAUGAUGACUUUGGUGUAUUUAGUUGUCUACGUACCCAUGUCUUCUGUGAGUACAUUGGUCAUGAAAAAGCGUGGUUUGAGAACCUCAAUUUUGAUCGCUUCCAUUCUCAAUUUUAUUGGUGGUUGGGUCCGAUGUUUGGGUUAUAAGAAAGGAGAAGAAUUGUACUUUUGGAUUGCUUUUUUAGGUCAAUCACUAUGUGCUGUCGCUCAGCCCUUAGUUUCCAAUGCCCCAACUCUUUUAUCAAACAACUGGUUUGGUGAAAAAGAACGAACUCUCGCAACAACCAUUGGAACAUUGUGUGGAAUUUUAGGAAGUGGAGUUGCCUUUGGUAUUGGUCCAGCUCUGUUAGGAAUCAAUGAAGGUUCCACUGCCGAAGAUGAUUGGUCUGGAUCAGAGUAUGGCAUGUUACUGUUGUUGAUGGGGCAAGCCUUACUCGCUACAUUAUUGCUAACUGGAUCGGUCGCCUUUUUCCAAGAUAAACCUCCAACACCACCUGUGUUCAAAGCACCAAAGGAAGCUCUCACUCAAUCUACAUCCAUUAAUGAAACCAAUCCAAACGAUGGUGCAGAACAUAUCAUUGAUGAUGACCACAACCGACAUUCUUUCUGGCAUGAUCUAAAAGCAGUCAUGUUGAAUUGUAAUUUUGUGACACUUGUGUGUGCAUACUCGGUUGGAUAUUCAGUUCUUCAAUCAUUUGUGGCCCUUAUUGAUCAAAUUAUUGUACCCAAAGGAUAUACUCCAUACGACGGAAGUGUUUUUGGGUUAACAGUGAUCGUUUUUGGAAUUGUUGGAGCUCUAUUUAUUGGUGUCAUUGUUGACAGAACAAAACGAUACAAAUUAAUUUGUGCCUGCUGUGGACUGUUAGCGACAAUUGGUUUUGCUGGUUUUGCUGUAGUCAUGUUGUGGAGGAGAACAACUCUAUUGUUCUAUAUGGCUUGUUUAUCACUUGCCGCUUUGGGUAUGUUUUCUGUGCCGACUGUUCCUAUUUGCUUGGAGAUGAGUUGUGAAGUCACCUAUCCUGUUCCAUCCAGCACAUCCACUUCUAUUAUUUAUGGAGCUGGAACUAUGACAGCUGGUGCCAUUUUGGUAAUUCUCGAUAUUAUCCAACAAUAUCAAUUACAUUCAAACAACUCUAAAGUAUCAAACAACACAUCAAUGCAAUUGAUUUUAUGGAUUGAUCUUGGAUUGUUGGGCCUCAGUUUUAUAUUCACUUGCCUCUUCAGAGGAAAAUAUAAAAGAAUGAUGAAUGAAAAGCUCCACAAGGAAAGAAGUCAAGCUUACUUGGCAGGUCUGUCUCAAGAAAAUGAAGUUGGAGAAACAUCGGCUCUAAUUCACUAA